AUGGCUGAGGAGAAGGAAGCGGAUGCCUUCAAGAUACUGAGGAUUCACGACAGACGCGUGGAGAGGAGAACCCUGCGGGAGAGUUACGCCGCCGCCCCUCAGCUGCAGCGAGGACAGCAGCCGCUGGGCAGUUCUUAUGCGAGCUCCCCACUGCCCCCCGCACAGCACAGCCCCGUGUAUCAGGAACUGAGCAACAUGACCCAAGAGCAGUGGGACCUCCAGAGCAGGGACACAUCCGGACUCCAGGCCAUGUGGUUCUCGGAGGGAGAACUGAAGGACAGAGCUGGCCCCAGCUGCUCUGCUCAGUCCCCCAUCCUGACUCCAGCAUCAGGGUGCCAUGCUGUGGCUUCUUCUAGAGAGCUGUGCUCUGGGGCACCCCAGGGCCAGCCCCCAGUCCCGCCUGAGGUGAUGGUCAGGAGGGCCCCGGGCGAUUUCUGCAAGGUGGGCACGCUGCUCCACGGGAAGAGGGUCAACGCCAUUGCCGUCAGCCGCGCCCCCCACCACGUGUACACGUGCGGCUCGGGCUACAUCAGGGUGUGGGACGACAGCGCUCUGCACGCCUUCGACAGGACCCCGAAGGCCCAGCUGGACUUUCAGAACCGGCAGAACCGGGUCCUCACCUGCAAGCUCUUCCCUGACGAGCAGAGCCUCAUCACCGGAGGCGUGGCGCAGACGCUGACGCUCUGGGACCUGGCGCCCACACCCCAGGUCAAAGCACAGCUGGCCUCCACAGGCCCCAUUUGCUAUUCCCUGGCCGUCUCCUCGGAUGCCCACAUCUGCUUGGCUUGCUUCAAAGGAUUUGUGGAGAUCUGGGAUGUGCAGAACCAAAUCUUGAUCAGGAAACAUGAAGUGCCCGUCUAUGGCUCCCGCUGUGUGGACAUCACAGGCCACAAGUUCUGGACGGGUGGUGAAGACACCAUCUUGUAUUCCUGGGACCUGAGGAGUUACCAGAGGCUGCAGCAGCAUCACUUAAGUAAUGAGAUCCUCUGCAUAACGCAUGACCCCGGUGAGGAGUGGGUGUUAGCGGGCCUGAAAAUGAGUGACAUUGUAAUCCUGCACGCUCAUCGAGAUGAGAAGUUUAAGGCUGUGAUACAAAGAUACACCCAUCACCACAACCUCAAGUUUGCUUCCAGUGGGACCUAUUUUGUAUCUACACAAGAUGAAUCCGUCCAUUGCAUAGAGGCCCCGAGUCUACAAAGGUUGUUUCAGGCAGAGGAGUCUUCGGACAUUCUGUGUUGUGAUAUUUCCUCGGAUAACAAGUAUCUGGUCACAGGCUCCAAGAAUACCGCCACAGUUUACCAGCUCUUGUACUGA